GGUAAAUGUGGUUCAAGCUGGGCUUUUAGUGCGACCGGUGCUCUUGAAGGAAUGAUGUCCUUGAGAACUGGCAAACUUGUCUCACUGAGUGAGCAGAACCUAGUGGACUGCUCCAGGCCUCAAGGAAAUUUUGGGUGUGGUGGUGGCACGAUGGAUAAUGCCUUCCAGUAUGUACAGGAGAACGGAGGCUUGGAAUCUGAGGCAUCCUAUCCAUACACAGGAAAGGAAGGAAUCUGUAAGUACAACCCUGAGAAGUCUGUUGUUAAUGUCACAGGAAUCUUAGACCUCACUACUGAAGAGAAGCUAAAGUUUCGUCUGACAUUGUGGGGGCCUGUUUCUGCUGCUAUUGACGCGAGCCAUGAAUCGUUCCAGUUCUAUGAACAAGGUGUUUAUUAUGAGCCAGACUGCAGCUCGGAAAAUUUGAAUCACGCUGUUCUGGUGGUUGGUUAUGGCUUUGAAGGAACAGAAUCAGAUGAAAACAAAUAUUGGAUUGUGAAGAACAGCUGGGGUACUGAAUGGGGCAAAGAUGGCUACAUAAUGAUAGCCAGAGACCGGAAGAACAACUGUGGAAUCGCCUCAGCGGCCAGCUACCCCACCGUGUAAGCUGAUUGAUAGGGCGGAGGAAGGAUUCGACCGGGCAUAGCCAUCCAGGGAAGGAAUUUAUCUGAAAUCUCACCAGCCUGUAUUGUGUGGGAUACGCACUUGACUCGUUGAAGACACAAGUUGUGAUCUGAAGUCUGUGACAUUUUCACACUGGUCAAUAUUACCACUAUUUCAUUUACUACCAUAAUCUCCCAGGAAUUAUUGAUUCACUUAUUUUGAAUUUCAGAUUUUAAAGGACGAACAAUGUUUUACCUCUUUAAAUAAACUUGAUUUCAAAUAUA